UUUCACUCGAGUAAUCAUUAUCAAAAUGCUUUCUUACAAAGCAUGACGGAAAAUUGUUGUCGAAACUAAUAUCUUAUUUAAAUGGAAAUAAAUAAAAGAUUAAAUGAAUAAUAAGUGCGACAAAUCUGUGAUACUUCUAUUCUAAUUAAUUGUAAAUAAAUAAUUUUUUAUUAUAAAUAUGGUUCAUAUAAAGACUUAUAAUUCGAACGUUGCAAUAUACGACCUUUGACCGAGGGAAAAUUUUUUACCUGUCAUUUUCCCUAUAAACCCUUGAUUAUUGAUGAAUAUUAAUAUUGUACAAGUAAUCUACUAGUAAAUUCAUUCAAACAAUAACCAACAUGAAUCAACAGAGAUCAAACACUGUUAAUUUAAAUCAAUUUAAGCAAGGAACUGGAGUUCUACCGAGUGGAGGAGCGUAUGGAAUGACUCCACAACCUCCACCUCUACCACCAAGACCAUCAAAUGCUUUAAGUAGUUACAGACCAAAUUACAUGACUGGAUAUGGUGGAUACGGAGGAUACGGAGGCUAUAACAAUUACGGAAAUAAUUGGGGAUAUGGAAGAUAUGGAUCUUAUGGAGGAUUUGGAUCUCCGUAUUCUUCAACAUAUGGACAAUUUGGAGGCCCAAGUGGUGAUGUAGAAAAUAGGUUGAUUCAAUUUGCAGAAGAGAGCAGCAGACCGGCUUUUCAAUCAAUUGAAUCCAUAAUUCAUACAUUUUCUUCUAUUACAAUGAUGUUAGAAUCGACAUUUUUUGCAAUGACCAGUUCAUUCCGUGCAAUUCUUGGUGUUGCUGAAAAUGUUGGUCGAGUGAGAUCAAUGUUUGGGCAACUUUUAAGCACGUUUGCGCUUAUAAGAUUUUUAAAAUGGAUGUAUAGAAAAAUAAUGUUUACAUUAGGAUUAUCACCAACAGAUCCAAAUGAUGAAAAACUGUGGCAAAAAACUGUUUAUGAAGUACUCAAUAGAGAGAAAAAAGGACCAUCAACUUGGCCCAUUCUUUUAUUUCUCAGUUUAUUAAUCGCAAUUCCAUAUUUAAUCAGUAAACUAGUCAAUAAUAUUAAUCAAGCUCGAGAAAAUGAAAAUAAUCCUAAGGAAUGGUUUAAAUAUAAUGAGCCAGUAUAUUCAGCAACGGCGAAUUAUGAUUUCAUUGCAGCUACACCAGAUGAAAUGAGUUUAAAGGCAGGACAAAAGAUAUGGCUGGCUCCACAAUCAUUACAACCAAAACAUUUACCCGGCUGGUCAAAAGCCACUGAUCGUGUUAAUGUUGGUUUAGUUCCAUUAAAUUAUAUUACGAUAGUUGGUCAGUUGAUGAAAAAAAUUGAUGUUGAAAAUACCCAAGUCACUCCUCCAACAACGGAAAAUGAAUUAGAAGAAAAUUAUAAAGAUGCUAACAUCGAGAAUCAAAUUAAUCAAGAAACAACUAAUUGAUGAAUUUUAUAUAUCAAAAUGAUGUAUGAAUCAAUAAUUUAUUUAACGAGGUAGAAUUUAAUGACACAGAUAAAAAAUACAUUGUGGAUAAAGUUAGGAAUUUAAUUGUAUUUUAACUGUUAUAGUACUCAAUAUCAUUUCUUAUUUUAAUUGAUUCUUAAUUGUCAUUAAUGAUCAAGUGGGGGUAUUUUUAGAUUUUAUACUUGUAAAGCAUAAUGUGCAUUUUUGUAAUUAAUGAUUACAAUAUAAUUAGCCAAAUAAAUUUAACCAAAUUUCCUUACUAUAUUUAUACUUAGGAAC